AUGCCCUGUGCCCUAUGCCUUGCCUCUCGGUCAGAUCGGGGCAACCUCGACUUGAGCAGCAACCGCCUGGGCCUUGUUUCGAUUGGGACUUGGGUCCUAGUCCCAGUCCUGCUGAACGCGCCGCGACGGACGCAAGAGGACGUUAUAGGUAUUGGAACGACCUGGACACUCGGGGAUGCCGAGGUCACAGUCGAGCCUGCUGUGCUCUCCAAGCUCAAGAUCGCAAGGCAGCUUGAAGAGGACUCAGCGGCAGAUGAGGAGGAAGCGGGCGACGUCGCAGCCUCCAGCAGCACCUGCGAUAGCUGCGGGAUUUGUCUUCAACCCUUCAGCCAAGGUGAGGAGCUCACAGCUCUCCCCUGUGCCACAGACCUUUGCCCCUCCGUCUGGCACGCGGAGUGUGUCCGGAAGUGGCUGUGCCAAGGGCACACUCCCACUUGUCCGCUGUGUCGGUCUACAAUCGAACUCACCAGCGAAUCAGGUGCAAGUGCACAAACGAGCUCCACUCCAUCUUUUGCUCUAGAGGUGAGGGCGGCCUUGCCCUUGUCAGCAACUUCAGGCCUGCAAGCAGCCUUUUCUUCAGGCCGCAGCACCUCGAACCAGCUUCUCCAGCAGCUGGGGCAGGUCAUCAUCCAGGACAUUUUGCUCCUGACGCUGUCCCAGCACAACUCACAAGGAGGUUCUUCGACACCUUCUCUGUCGAACCUCUCCUCCUCGGGGCUGCUGAAUGGCGGGGCCGCGCAAGCCAUGACCAGCGCGGCGCUGGCGGACCUGGGAGGCUUGCUGCUGCGCAGCCUCACGGCCAACGGCACUUUGCCGGUGACUUUGAGUGCUGUGGAAACCUGGGGGCCAGGAUCAUCCAGGGAGACGGAGAAUCGAGGAGCAUCUUCGUCCGAGCUCUGGGGUGGCAAAGGCCGAAGCGGGCGAGGCCACAGCAAAGGCCGUGGCAAGGGUGAGCGGCGGGGCAAGGGGGGCCACCAGGGCCACAACAACGCCGCACGCGAGGUCGCCCAGAGACAAGACUACUCGGCCUCCAGUCGACGCAGCAUAUCCUGGCAUGGCUGCUGCUGUGACAAGGAUCAGGAGGGGCAGCCGCUCCCCGAGCUGAUUGCCGUAGAGGUGCCGCCCGACAGUUCGUGGGCCAAAGUGGAGCUGGAGAUCCAAGAGCCGCAGGAGAGCCAGACCCUCACUGAGGAGGAGGAGAUUACGCGGAGCAAGCGGCGCCUGACGACGGCAGAUAGAGACGGCUCCAAUUCUGGGUCCAUGCUGUCGAUCACUCUCAGGGACGAAGCCUUGUUACGCGCCACCGACAUCGGCCACGUGGUGGCGUGGGGCGGCUACUGUCUGAAAGCCAUGAGCCUCCUGGACCAUGCUCUCACAUUGGACAAGGCCGCAGCGAUGUUUGCGAAGUCGCGGGAGGUCACCGAAAUCGAUUACUUCAUCAGUCAUUGCUGGAUGGAUGGAAGGUUUUCCAAGGUCUGCGCUCUCUGGAUCCAUAGCAACCUCAUCGGCGCCUUCGUCGCCUCCGCCUGCGUUGCCCUCACCGCUGCCUUCCUGAGAGGGGCUGGCUUGCUCCCGGUAAGAACCACAGUGAAUGUGUCGGACGUGAACAGUGUUCCCUAUGCCUUGGCACUUGGAAUCGUCACCUUCUUUUGGGGCCUGGCCUUUUCGCACUACGUGUCGUUGGCGCUUGGCCGGCGGCACAGGUACUUCUUCGACAAGUUCUGCGUCCAGCAGAUGGACCCCGAAACGAAGAAGCAAGCUGUGGCGUCCUUCGGCGCCUUCGUGCUGCUCGAACCAGUGGGCAGAGAUUGCGGCGCUCGUCAAAUGCAAGAGCAUCGAAGGCAGCCAGGAUCAGAAACUGCCUUUGGAUUUUCUCCCGCUUCCCCUGGCAAAGGUAAGCUGUUCUGCCUGGCUGGUGUUCUCCUCCAUCUAUCUGCUGAUACAGUUUUGGAGGCUGUUGGACUUGAACACGAGCAUGAUCGACCUUGGCAUCACGUUUGUGGUGUCCGUGACCUCGAUUUACGUCCUGGUGGCGACGCUCCGGGCACCCAGGCAGAGAAGAAGAGGGCCGUAAAGCAGAUCCGAGUGGUGGGUAUCAGCCAAAACUGGAGGUCAAGAAUGCAGGAGCUUGCGGCAUAA